UGGUCGCUGUGAGUGGCCAUUGGCGUUACUAGUGUGCGAAGGGGGCAGGAUAAAACACCAGCGCUUUUUAUAUUAAUUGUUCGUUCAAAAAAGAAUAGCCGGCUCCUCAGAGCUCCGGGUCCUGCCACAUUUUUUUUGUAAAUUGUGUCGGUCAACCAAGUCGCCAUGCCUAAGAGAAAGAGUGAUACAGAUGCAAAGGAUGAGCCGAGGAGGUCACCAAGACUAUCAGCGAAACCUGCAGUUUCCAAACCAGAGCCAAAACAGAAGAAAGCACCUGCUAAAAAAGAGAAGGCCGCUAAUGACAAGAAGGAUGAAAAGAAAGCACCGGCGAAAGGCAAAAAAGGGACUAAAGGCAAAGAAGAGACCAACCAAGAGGAUGCAAAAGAAGAAACUCCCUCUGAAAAUGGAGAAGCCAAAAAUGAUGAGGCUCAGUCCACUGAAAGCUGUGAAGAAAAAGAAGCCAAGUCAGAGUAACUGCAUCUGCCCGUCAUCUCCAUCAAUGGCAUCCAUACCUCCAUACUGUAUUGUUAACAGAGAGGAAUAUUUUUAUCAACUAUUUUAUAAAUACAAGGUUUUUUUAGCAUGAAUUUAAUUAUGGAAACACCCACAUCUCAAGAUUAUUUGGGGGUUUGGAACCCUAAAGAAUCAUUGUUUUAAAAUUGUGAUUGUUGUAGUUGGUGUGAUAUGUGGGACAAGUAAAUGGUGGUAGUUAUUGACUUCUGUCAAUGUUCGUCUUGUGUCAUACUCAAAAACAAAAAGUCUGAUUUUAAUUCACCAGGUAUUUGUGGUGUUAGGUUAUUACAAGUGGGUAAGAGUAAGGAGAAAGUUGUUCAUGUCAAACAUUCCAGUGGUUUUGUGGGUUAGUUUUGUAACUGGGUAAAAUAUUUUGGUGAAAAAAAAAUAGAAAAUGUGGGGCCUGGAAAUCUAAUGUGAAAAAUAUUUUAAUUUUAAAUUUGUCGUUUUUGUAAAGAAAAACCUUUGCAAUCAUGUAAAACUAGUUUCUAAUUGAAAGUAACAUCUUUUAAAAGGGCAGAUGGCUGUAUGUAUCCAUUUCCUGUUAGAAUUUUUGCUGGAUAAUUUACCUUAAUAAAAAAAAAAACACCCCAGUGUUUCUCUACAUAAUGCUUUGCUGCUAUUUAAUUAUACUUUGAAGAAUUGAUCAGGACUGUAGCACAGUAUGUCAUUUUGAUAUUUGAAUAUACUUUGUCUAUACUGUUGUAGCACUAUCGUGAAUUUUUUUUCAUAAAGGCACUUGGCUUUGCUGCUUGUUGCAAACUACCUGUAUAAUUAGCUUUUGUCUAAUGCUCUCUAUUGAGAAAAUAUUUUGAUGUGAGAAGCAGUUUUUUAAUAUUUGUAGGAUAUUUGAGGUACUUGUACAAAAUUGUUGCACUAUAUAAUAGAUCUCAUCUUCCACAGAUGUCAGGUAAAUGUUUUCUCGGAUAUUUAGUUUCAACGUAAUGUGGACAUGACUGGCAAUGCUGGUGUGUCUCUGCCUUUACUUGCUGCAGCACUGAAGUAGCAGCCAAGAGUUAAAUACAUUGGAUCAAUUGAUCAGAACAUGGAUCAGAUCAGGUGGCAUGAGGGUUAUUGGCUAAGGGAUCUUAAUUUCCCAUUAAUGAGUUGCUUGGUGGGCUAUUUCAGAGGAAUCAGCUACAUUACUUUGGGUUUGAAGUGAGCUAUGGAGCAGAACAGAAAUCUUGAUUGAUUGGUACCUGGGUCACCGGGUUAUGUUUCCGCGCUUCUUUUAAACUCACCAAGGGUUCUUUUGAAGACCUUGACCUGUAGAUGUACACUGACUUUGGGCCUUUGCGGGAAUGGGAUUUCACAAAUGGCCGUUCAGCACACCAAGGGCUCGGCUUAAGAGGGCCGAGAUCUCUUGACUCUGGAGACUGGCGAAUCAAAGGGCUUAUACACGUUUUUCUGGAGGAUCCAGUGACAAGCUGCCAUUCUCGACGAUGACGUCACCGGAAAACCAAAGACUACAGUCCCGAGGUAAUGCGAGAAAGAUCGCUUUUUAAACCAGUGAUGUCCAAGCUUUAUGAAAGAAACUUUCAACCAGCUCUGCUAUUUCCAGCACAUUUAAGGAUUGUUCUGCCUGACAAAUCAUGUAAAUGGUUUAAAUCCAUGGAAGAAGCUCAACAAUUCCCUUAGUAUCAACAUUCAAUCCCAGCUGUCUAAUAAAUUUGCUGUUUCUUUCGCUGCGUGUAGCACACCGCUACAGUGUCUGUAUUCAUUUGGUUUAUAAGUUAAUAAUCAGUUCAUAGAUCUAGACUUUUGAAGUUUGAAGAUUUUUGCUAUUGGUUUGAUAACACUUGUAUUCUGUUUCGGAGUAUGGAUUUAUUAUGCUUCUAUGUUUAAGUUCCUUUUUUUUUCUUUUGUUAUUUUAUUAUUUUCAAUUGAUCGUUUUUGAAAAUAAUUAAGAAUUUGAUUUGGUAAUUAUCAUGGUCCCUUCUGGUACCUGGCUAUUUUCCUCAGGAAUUGGGCCUCAAUCACCUCGUUUAGUUCCCAAUCAUUCCCACAUUCCACUAGCUACAAACACCUGCUUUCCAUCAGCAAAUGCGGUAUAAAAAUCCUGUGAGCACAAGAAGGAGCUGCCAGUUCUUUGGUAGACUCGUGGACGAGCAUCCUCGUUCCAUGGUUCUUAGGACUAUUAGUUCUAAGUCUGGCAUCAUUCCUGAAUUCUCUACUAAAACCAAGACUUCAGGUGAAGACUCCCUUGGCACCAAUUCUGCACCCGUGUUCCGCACUUGGGUUCGUUUCACCGCCACGUCCUUGUAACAGUGAUUGACUUUUUCCCUGAAAUAUUAAGAUUGUAUUCUGUUUCAUUUUUCAAGAACUCACCUUUCAAAGUGUUUUACAAAUGGCUGAUCUUUUUUUAACACUUGUUUGGUGUUGUUUAUAGCAUUCCCUUCUCAAUGUUUUGACUAUGGAUGGAAGUUUGCAUUUUUCUCAAUUUUUUUCAUGUCUGUUUUCAUUUAGUUUACAAAUUAAUAACCAGUUUAUAGAUUUGGACUGUUAAAGAUUGAAGUUUUUUGCCCUUGGUUUGAUAAUACUAGUAUUUUAUUUUGGACAAUAAACGUGUGUCAUGUUUCUAUGUUAAAGUUCGUUUUUUUUUCUGUAUUAACCUACUUUAUUAUUUUCAAUUGUUCGUUUUUGAAAAUAAUCAAGAAUCUGAUCUGGUGAUUGAUUGUUUUUUUUCCCUGAAAUAUUAAUAAGAUUGUAUUGUGGCGACCCACUUUCUGUGCAAGCGAACUGGAUCACAAAUAGCCAGCGCGCGGAGGGAGACGUUGAUAAUGCACCUCUGACGUCAUUUCCGUCCGGAGAGGGUGGGCACUAGGGAUUAAAUGCCAGCGCCGUGAAGUUUGAAUAAACUAGUCUUGAAAUGA